UUAUGGGAGAUGGGGAAUAUCCUGCUGAAAUUUGUGGUCUGAUAGGUACAAAGCUGAUUUUCAUUGUUGAAAAGUUAGCUGACCAUGGUUCAAAGUAUGAUCAUUCUUACAAGGUGAAGAGUAUAUGUGCUGAUGAGACUUUAGUGGAAGCUUUUAAUGACAAUGAGAAUGUUCAAACUGCAAACAAUGUUCAAUCAAGUGAUGUUGAAGGAUCAAACUUAACUCCUGAAAAUUCUGACACUAUAACACAGCUUGGCCCCAAUGUUAUUUCUUUGGAUGACAUCUUACCUGGUGAUGGGUCUGCUGUAUAUUCAUCAGUUGGAAGUGGUAGUGGAUUGGAAGCAAGUUCUAGCAAGCCUUCCAAAAAAAUGCGUCUGAGGGGAACGAAAGUGGAAAAGCUGUGAAUGUGAAGUUUAGUUAGUUGCCUUGGUUUUAAUUGGAGCUUCUCAGACUUUUGGCUAAUCAUUUGUGCAUUGUUGGGUUAUUGUGGUGAACCCACCACAUGCACUUUGACUGUGAUCUGAGAAGUAUUUGGAUGUUUUCCAACUUUAGGGCAACAAUAAGUAGUAUUUAUAUUUUGAUGUUAUGUAGUAUGUUGUUGUUAAUUUCCAAUUUCCAAGUCUCUUUAUGUUGUAUCCCUUGCACUUUUAUGAUAACUUGUGAUGUACAUUUUGGUAAGUUAUGAGUUUC